AUGGAGGCCAGAAACCAGGUACCAAAAGAGAUUUUCCUUCCCCUCAAUAUCAAGGAGCACGUGAAGCAGCUGGAGAAGGCGGUGUCGGGGAAGGAGCCACGCUACGUCCUGCGGGCGCUGCGGGCCCUGCCCUCCACCUCCCGCCGCCUCAACUCCAACGUGCUCCACAAAGCCAUCCACGGCUUCUUCACCUCCAACAGCACCACGCGGGAGUUCCUCCUCGGCUUUCUGGAGGAGUCCAUGGACACGGAAGCAGAGCUGCAGUUCCGCCCGCGGACGGGGAAGGCGGCCUCAGCCCCCCUCCUGCCAGAAGUGGAGACCUACCUCCAGCUCCUCCUGGUCAUCUACCUGAUGAACAGCAAGCGAUACCCGGAGGCUCAGAAAGUGUCCGACGACCUGAUGCAGAAGAUCAGUUCCCAGAACCGCCGGGCCCUUGACCUGGUGGUGGCAAAAUGUUAUUACUACCACUCCCGUAUCUACGAAUUCCUGAACAAACUCGACGUGGUCAGGAGCUUCCUGCACGCCCGGCUACGGACAGCCACGCUGCGCCACGAUGCCGAUGGACAGGCCACCCUCCUGAACCUCCUGCUGAGGAACUAUCUCCACUACAACCUCUACGACCAAGCAGAGAAACUCGUCUCCAAGUCAGUGUUCCCCGAACAGGCCAACAACAACGAGUGGGCUCGGUACCUCUACUACACAGGGCGCAUCAAGGCCAUCCAGCUGGAGUACUCGGAGGCGCGGCGGACGAUGACGAACGCGCUGCGGAAGGCGCCGCAGCACACGGCCGUGGGCUUCAAGCAGACGGUGCACAAGCUGCUGAUCGUGGUGGAGCUGCUGCUGGGGGAGAUCCCAGACAGGCUGCAGUUCAGACAGCCCUCCCUCAAGCGCUCACUCAUGCCCUAUUUCCUCCUGACUCAGGCUGUCAGGACCGGGAACCUGGCCAAGUUCAACCAAGUCCUUGAUCAGUUUGGGGACAAGUUCCAGGCUGAUGGCACCUACACCCUGAUCAUCAGGCUGAGGCACAAUGUCAUCAAGACAGGUGUCCGUAUGAUCAGCCUCUCCUAUUCCCGCAUCUCUCUGGCUGACAUUGCCCAGAAGCUGCAGCUGGACAGUCCGGAGGAUGCGGAGUUCAUCGUCGCCAAGGCCAUCCGGGAUGGUGUGAUCGAGGCCAGCAUCAACCACGAGAAGGGCUACGUCCAGUCCAAGGAGAUGAUCGACAUCUACUCCACCCGUGAGCCCCAGCUGGCCUUUCACCAGCGCAUCUCCUUCUGCCUGGACAUCCACAACAUGUCUGUCAAGGCCAUGAGAUUCCCACCCAAAUCUUACAACAAGGACUUGGAAUCUGCAGAGGAGCGCCGGGAGCGCGAGCAGCAGGACUUGGAGUUCGCCAAGGAGAUGGCAGAGGACGAUGACGACGGUUUUCCAUGA